UGAAAUACUUCCACCACGCCUCUACCUGACUGCUAGUUCAUUGUCUUUUACAGCGUUAUUCUCUCCUUCACCUUCCCCGCAAUAAUCGAUCCCUCAAUUUAUACCGUUUCCCCCUUGUUUUUUUCACCGUUUUUCUGCUGUUAGAGCUACAAAUCCGACUUCAUUCAUAUCACAACUCUUAAUAUGCCCGCUAUCGUAUCUUCUACUGCAUCCCAUGAGGAUUUAAGGUCUUCUCCACAGCCCCGCAAGACUCGUAUGGUCAAGCGCAGGGGAAGGGGAAGAGACAAUUUUGAGAGCGAUGAGGAGUUUAUUAGAGAAGUUGCAACUGACUCCGAAUCUGAUGACGAUCGUUCCUCAGUCGCCAGUGGAACGGACUCCGACACCGAACCUCCCUCCGAAGACAUUGUCUCCAAUGGCCAUUCACACAUUCUGACACCCAAUACGACACAGAACUCUGCAGAUAUUCCAUCGCUCAAGCAUCAGGCAGUCAAAGACCUUGAUGGCGAUUCUACUCCCUUUUUCAGUGCCGCUGGGAAUUGGUCAGAGAUGGUCGCUGAGGAAACUGUCAAUGGCCCUGCAGAACUCCCGACUAUAGAGUUUGAAGAAUUCAAUAGUCCUUCUAUCACACAGCAUGAUUUGUUAGGUCCGCCCGCGCGUAAAACAGGUAAAGCGUCAAAGCGCCCCCUGCCCAAGCGCGCAGCCUCAGCGCCUUCGUAUGACCGCGGUGCGGCCCCUCAGCCCCCACCUGUUCAAACUGAAGAGGCUUCAGAGCCUGCAGAUGAUCAGCCCCAGGCAUCGACGUCUCGUCAACCAUCCAGAAGUUCGUUCGCUAGGCCCCCUUCUGGACACAAUGCUCGUCAAGCUUAUCAGCAGAGGUUAGAGGCUGACCCGUCGUAUGUUCCCACCGUUGGUGAGUUUUGGGGUCACGAUGAUCGGCUGUUGGAUAAGGACCUUCGGAGUCUGAGUGGGUGGUGGAGAGGACGCUGGCAGGGUAGGGGUCGUGGAAGAGGAGGCUUCAAUGGAGGUUUUGUGCGCGGAAGGGGCAGAGGAGCUUUUACUGGCCCAGAGUCAAGUCGUCCUGCACCAGAAACCUCUGGAUCUCAAGAGACAGAGAAACCCCCAGUCGAGACGCCGCUUAUUGACCGGCCAUGGACCCACGACGGUUUCGAGGAGAUGAAGAAGCGAGAUGAAAAGAGGCGUGCGGCUGCACCACACCAACAACAGCAAGUAGCAAGGCCUGCACGAGGUUUCAUGCCACUUCGUGGCAGGGCUGGAUUUAUCGGAGGUCGUGGUCGUGGUGGUUUUGCACGUGGCGGUUUUACGCCCUCGCCCACUGGAGCACAUUUCAUUCCUCCUGCUGCCGCUGCCGCUGCAUCGGGCAGGACGUGGUACGCGAUGAAGCCCGAACUUGUCUGGACAAAGCACCACGAGGGGUUCCUUUAUUUCGACCCCGCUUUGAAACCUCGUGGCGGUCAAGGUCCAGGCUAUCGGGUCAAGCUCUCUGGCAAAGAGGGUCAGGUUAUCAGAAGCUCCGCUCGGCCAUCUCGAGCAGCAGGGCCCGCACUAUCUGUUAAUGCACCCUCAGAGACGAGCGAGAAGACGUUUGUCGUGCGUCUACCCAAGAGGGCAGGAAAGGAGAAAGCGCCCGAGCCGGCUGUAGAGGCCGUAGAGGCGGUUACUACCGUCGCAGAUCAUCCUAUCGAAGAUGUCUUCACAGUUCGACCAGAGCUCGUGCCUCCACGGCAGCCCAUUCCAACAUCGCAAUCAGCUUUGCCUCCAGCCAACGGUCAUGUGCCUUCUACAUCAGUAUCUGCUGUGCCUUCCAAACCUGCUGCACCAGCACCCUCGUCCCCUGCUACCUCAACGUCAUCGAAGGAGAAGAUCACGUCACCGCUUCUGAAGCAAAUGAUGCGUGCGGCCGCAGAUCAGCAGGCCAAGGAGACCGCAGAUGUGCCUAACGGCAUAUUGCAGGAGCAGUAUGACCAGAGUGCACCUGCUCUUCUUCAGGUCGAGCAAACCGCAGCGAACCUGGAGACCUCUGAUGCCGCCCAUUCAUCAAUGCCUCCACCACUGCAGACGGUGUUCUCACAGUCAUCGCAGCCAUCACCUCCAUACGGAUCGCCCUAUGGGUAUGGCGCCUCCCUACCGCCUGGCGUUGCUAUCGGCCACCAUGGUGUAGCAUAUGAGAUUGCCACCGGCCGACCGGUGUAUCUGCAACACCCGACAAUGUACACACCACGCCCGCUAGCGCAUGGCAUGAUGACACCUCCAGGGCUUCCUUAUUCUCCUAUGCACCACCACUCUACUAGCUCCCCAGAUUUCCUUGCGCCACCUCACACACCUCCUGGUAAUGGUUUCAUUGAUCCCAACAACUGUUCCCGCAUCGAGAUCCGAUCGCCAUCUUCUAAUUCGGAUCUCAAGCCAAUAAAGACUGGUCGCCGGCCUUCCAGUUUGAGGACGAGCGCAGCAUCAUUUGAGCCCUCACGUCCCGCCAGUCCCAAUACUGAGUCACAGCCUUACCAGUCACCUGAAGAUCCUUCCGCGCAGGAUGAUGCUAGCUCAAGUCAUGCUAAUGACCAGCCUAUGCCGGAGCAGGCAGUGGAGCCCACCAUGUACGGAUACUCGCCAUAUCAUCAGCAGUACUACUAUCCCGAGCACUACGGGUAUUCCCAGUACUACGACAUGUCUCACGUUCCGCAGUACGAGAUGUAUCCCACCGAUCCGCACGCGGCUCAGGCGGCCUACUACUAAUACUCAUGCUAUAUUUUCUACGCAUGGUUUCUUUCUUCUGUUUUCGCUAUGGGAUGCAUCCGUACACAGCUAUCCAUGACUGUUUCAUUGCUCACGAAUCUUGACGUACUCAGCGCUCAGCAGUUACCCCUCACAGACUUGAUGUUGCUCCAAUGCGUUUCAUACUUUACUCAUGCUGUUUCAUUUUGUUCACUUUACUGCAAUACUUCCCCGCUCUUGAAUAUGAUAUUGGCUUGUUGUUGUUGUUGUUGUUGUUGUUGUUGUUGCUGCUACGAUUUACUUGUGUAGUGUGUUGCCUGCAAUGCUCGAUCUCUUCCCCGCUUUCACUUGGCACAGGCAAUAAUUAGCUCCUGAGAUGGCCGUGGUAAUAACACACCAAAUAUGGAAACGUGCCUUCGUUAGUC